AUGAUGCUUACUAAUAUAUGUGUAACAGGAGGAGGAGGGGGCUCCCACACAGGGAAAAGGAAGAAGCAGCUGUUUAUCCCCUACAGAGACUCUGUUCUGACCUGGCUCCUGAAAGACAGCCUGGGGGGAACCUCCAAGACCAUCAUGAUAGCAACUCUUUCUCCUGCUGAUGUCAACUACGGUGAGACGCUGAGCACGCUGCGCUACGCUAACCGAGCUAAGAACAUCGUCAACAAGCCCACAGUCAACGAGGACAGCAGUGUUAGAGUCAUCAGAGAACUGCAGGAGGAGAUCGCUAGGCUGAGAGGACUGGUGGAGAAGAACAACCAGGAUCUCUCUCUGAAGGUGGAGGAGAAACUUCACAAGAAUGAGGCCAAGGUGUUAGGGCUGACCAAGGAGUGGACCAACAAGUGGGGAGAGACCCAGAACAUUCUCAAGGAAGAGACUGUAGCUCUGAGGGUAUCGGUGUAGUGUUGGACUCAGAACUACCUCACCUAAUCGGCAUCGAUGGUGAUCU